AUGAAGAUGAUGUUAAGAAAUUUAUUCAGCUUAUUGAUUGGAUCCAUUAGUAUUUUUUAUACUAUUUAUGUGGUUUAUUGUUUAAUUUAUUUUAUUUCUAAUAAUAAUCAAAAUCAUAAAGCUGUACAAACUUCUGAUAAUAAUGAUAAUGCUGAAAGUCUCACAGCUGCUUGGAACAUUUUGAUGAACUUGUAUUUAUUAUUCUUGUUCUUGAUCCAGCACUCUGUAAUGGCUAGUAGACUUAUCAAGCGCUUGUAUAAAAAAUUGAACAUCUCCGAGUACGAAAGAAGUAUAUACAAUGCAUUGAGUUCAGUGUGUCUGGAUUAUUUAAUGAGAAACUGGAAGCCAGUACCCCUGAUUACGCUCUGGGAAGUAAAUACAGAGUCUAACAUGUAUUCUUGGAUUUUAUUUUCUGCUCUACAUCUAUUCGGAUGGCUAAUUAUACUCGGUGGCUGCUGUAUGCUUGAUGUCACCGAGUUGUUGGGGUGGAAACAAAUUUACUGCAAAGUACUUAAUAAGCCUGGAGCGUUAGCUGUUAAGUCAAAGGAGUAUCAAAGGUAUUUAGAUCAUAUGAGGCAUCCUAGUUUCGUCGGAUUCAUUAUUAUCUUUUGGAUUCACCCUUACAUGACCAUCGAUCGGUUCUUGUUGUCGUCUAUCAUAACAAUUUACAUGUUGAUGAUGUGGAAUAUCGACGAAAGCGAUUAUAAAUAUGCGAGCAAUAUUUAUUACAGAGAAAAACAGUACUUCAAAUAUUCAUAG